UCUCAAAACUCUUAAAUGAUCAUUAUUUUAAACCUUUCAUAAUACAUCUAUAUUACUCACUACUUACGAUCAAAGACUUUUAAACCUAAGUAAACAAAAACAUAUAUUAUAUUUUUAUAUAUAUAUUUCUAGUCUGGAUAUGGCAAAGACCCGUCGUGUAAUUUACCUUUUCCUUAGUAUUCUAAUUUUCUGCGUACUCACCAACGAGGCGCAAGGUAGUCGUUUGAUGUGUCAUCAUCCAGAAGAUUAUUCAUGUAAGAAACGUUCAAGCCAUCACCAUCACCAUCACCAUCACCAUCAUCAUCAUCUUCAUCACAAGGACACUCUCAAUGAAUCAGAUGAUCUUCAACGAAGCAUCAUGACGAGGAGGAGCAAUGAUAUUUAUGGUGUUGAUGCUUUCCGGCCUACUGAACCAGGUCACAGCCCCGGUGUUGGCCACUCUAUCAAGACCUGACAAAUUCGAAUUUAUUUAAUCUUGAUUUCUAUUUCUCCUUUUCUCUUGCCUACGUUGUUCCAUUGACCAAAGGUUGUCGAGACCUAAUGAGGUUAUAUGAGUCAUGCUGUUUUCUCAUACUGUAAAUACUAAAUAGUAGAUUGUGCCAUUGUGGUUAUGCCUCUCAAUAAUUGUUGUCCUUUCAUAGUUUAUAU